AUAUUUGACUUGUUUAUUAUCAUCUAUUAGAAAUAAGGUAAAUUGAUAAUAACUUUAAAGAAGUGUGCAAGUUAGUUUUGAAUUUUUUAUUUAAACGAAGCUAAAUAAUUCUAUAAAGAAAACAGUCAGUAACUUGUUAAUAUUGGAAUGUCAAACCGGUAUUUAAAAAAAUCAGAUAGUUUUAUUAGAGCAGUUGAUUGUUCUGAAAAGGACUUCAUUGAUCCAAACACAGGUUCAAAAAUAUCUAGCGUUGAUGGAUCUGAUAAACAUAAAAAUAUAAAAAAACUAAAUUUAGAACGUAGCGAAAUCCAGGAAUUUGAUUCAUUUAGCAUGGAUCAACAAACUUUAAACCAUACAUAUUCGCCCGUUAGGAAUAGUAUAGACAGCGGGCAUAUAUCAUCGCACAGUCGCUCAAUGCUAAAUGACUUUACUCAUGAUGCAGUACCGCUAUCUGUAUUUUACAAAAAACACCUUACAAUUGACAAAACUCAAAAUAAUACCAGGCCAACUUUGGAACAGCUUCAUAAAGGAGUAGGAUUGGAAAAUGCUAAGAAAAGACAUUGGGAUCCAACAAAACAAGAAGAGUUAGAGGUUUUAUUAAAAAAUGACAGCAGAUCUGCUACAAAAUUGGGGUGGAUACGUGGUGUACUUAUACCAACUCUUCUAAAUAUUUGGGGCGUAAUUCUUUUUUUAAGAAUACCAUGGAUUGUGGGCCAGGCAGGCAUUGCACAUGCGACAGCAAUUGUCUUGCUUGCCACUUUUGUAACAACUUUAACAACCCUGUCAAUGUCCGCAAUUUGUACAAAUGGAGAAGUAUUGGGAGGAGGAGCAUACUACAUGAUAUCUCGAAGUCUUGGACCAGAAUUCGGAGGUAGCAUUGGCGUAAUUUUUUCAAUAGCAAAUGCUGUUGCUGUUGCGUUUUAUUUAGUUGGAUUUGCUGAAACCAUUCAGUCAAUAAUGGAGAGGUAUGACGUGUUAAUAAUUGAUCGUAAAAAUGACAUUCGUAUUGUUGCAUUAAUUGCAUUAAUAUUAUGUUUCAUAAUAACUAUGUUUGGUUUGGAUUGGGUUAUACAUACUCAAGUUGUUUUGAUGGUGUUAAUCAUUUUAGCAAUUUUGAAUGUAAUUGUUGGUUCCUUUUACUCAUCAGUAACAGAAACUAGAGAAAAUGUGCUCGCAAAAGGAAUCACGGGCCUCAACUUUGAAACAUUUAAAGAAAAUUUGAAACCUGGUUACCGUGAUAAACAAGACUUUUUCAAAAUAUUUUCAAUUUUUUUCCCUGCUGUAACCGGCAUAAUGGCCGGUGCAAACUUAUCUGGAGAUUUGAAAGAUCCAUCACACUCAGUACCCAUCGGAACAUUGCUUGCUAUUUUAAUUACUUCCUUCUCAUACUUGGUAUUGGUAUGGUUUGUUGGAGCAAGCGCAUUACGAGAUCCUAUUGGAAAUAAAUUUACUGAAAGUUUUAAUGAAACUAACAUCAACAUAACUUUACCUAAGUAUGGACUUGUUAAUGAUUUCCAGAUUACCGAAAAAAUAUCUUUUUGGGGACCACUCAUUUUGGCGGGUAUAAUUGCUGCUACAUUGUCAUCUGGAUUAGCCGCAUUGGUCAGUGCGCCUAAGGUGUUUCAAGCUGUUUGUAGAGACAAAAUAUUUCCUUUUAUAGAAAUAUUUGGUAAAGGAUACGGUCGCAAUGGAGAGCCAAGAUAUGGAUACAUUUUAGCGUUCGGAAUUGCAAUUGGCUUUAUUGCAAUAGGAGAAAUUAAUUCUAUUGCCCCAGUAAACUCAAACUUCUUUUUAAUGGCAUUUGCUCUAGUAAAUUAUUCAGUGUUUCAGUCCUCCUUAGCAAAGUCGCCAGGAUGGAGGCCUUCAUUUAAAUAUUACAACUUAUGGGUUUCACUAUUUGCGUUUCUCAUGUGUAUUACCAUAAUGUUUCUAAUUAACUGGUGGGCUGCUCUAGUUACCAUUCUCUUUGUUGGGCUUUUGUACAAAUUUGUUGACAUUCGAAAACCAAACAUCAAUUGGGGAACAUCCAGAAGCGCACAUACUUAUGUUAAAGCCGUUCGAUUAGCUAGACGUUUAGAAACAUUUGAUGAACAUGUUAAAAACUUUAGAGUUCAAGUGUUGUGUUUAACAGGUCAACCUUCGUUACGACCGAGCUUAGUUCAUUUUGUAUCUCAUAUAACAAACCAUUUUGGUUUAAUGAUAUGCGGAGAAGUAAGAAUCGCGUCAACAUUGAGCUUGCCGAAAAGCAACCAAGUAGCUUGGUUAAACAACAAUAAGAUAAAAGCUUUUCAUCAAAUUGUUCAAAAUGAGAGUUUUGGUGGAGGAGCUAGAUGUUUACUCCAAGCGGUUGGUCUUGGCAAGCUUAAACCAAACACACUCAUAAUGGGUUACAUGCACUGUUGGCAAAAAGUUGACGUUCACCGUGUUAAUGAAUACUUUCAAAUUAUUGAUGAUGCCUUGGAGUUAAAUUACGGAAUAGGAAUAGUGCGUUUUAACAGUCCAAAUGAUACCAACGGAUUGAUAGGAGAAAAUGAACAAAAUGAAGUUGUUGCACCAAAUGAGAAAAAUGAAGUGGUUUCAAUAAAAGAGAAAAACGGAGCAAUUGCAAAGAAAGAUAUAAACGGCUUACUAAAACCCAAUGAAACUAUAAAUGUUCCUGACAUAUUAUUUAAAAAUUCAUUUGAGUUUUUAAAUGAAGAAAAAAGAAAGCUUCAAUCACCAACCUCCAUAUCAGGUGUAGUUACUAAUCUUUUUAGUCCAAAGAGUAAAGGUACUAUUGAUGUUUGGUGGUUAUACGACGAUGGUGGAUUAACAAUAUUAGUACCCCAUAUAUUAUCACUUCAUAGUAAAUGGAAAGGGUGUAAGUUACGUAUAUUUACACCAGCAUCUGAAGUGACAAUUGAAGCCAAUCAAAUAAAAAUGGCCACAUUGUUAAAAAAGUUUCGAAUUGAUUUUUCAAGCGUAGUUGAGUUUCAAGGAAUCAACAAAUAUCCAAAAGAUAAAAAUAUUAAUGAAUUUAAAAAACUUCGCAACGGACAACAUUUACCGGCUGAUGGUAAUCUUGAUGUAAAAACUUUGCGACAAAUACGUAUUGGCGAACUUUUACACGAACACUCAAGCGAAGCAAAACUAAUAGUACUUACGCUGCCCAUUCCAAAACGUUCGUUUGUAACGCCAUUGAUGUAUAUGAGCUGGUUAGAGGUUUUAACCGCAAAUCUUCCUCCAACAUUACUUAUACGCGGGAACCAAACUAGCGUCUUAACUGUGUAUUCUUAACAGUAUAUGAAAAAUUGAACAACGAAACAUGCGACAAAGAAGAAAUGUUUUAUAAAAAAAUAAGUUUGUAUAAAUUUGUAUAAAUGAUUUUAUUUUAAAAGAACUAUUUUUAUGGA